AUGGGCCUUCUUGCGGCCUUUCUCGACAGGUUCUGUGAGCAUUGCUCAACACAGUCUCUAUGGGUUCUCACUUUGACUGCAGUUCUGUCUGUAAUCGCUGUGUCUGUUGUGCUGAACGUCAUCCAACAGUUGGUGCUUAAAAACCCGAAUGAGCCCCCUGUGGUUUUCCACUGGUUCCCGUUUAUUGGAAGCACCAUCAGUUAUGGGAUUGACCCCUACAAGUUCUUUUUCGACUGUCGCGAAAAGUACGGCGAUAUCUUCACCUUCAUCCUCCUCGGCAAGAAAACCACCGUCUAUCUAGGCACCAAGGGCAAUGAUUUCAUUCUCAACGGCAAGCUGAAGGAUGUCUGUGCUGAAGAGGUCUAUUCCCCCCUCACUACGCCUGUCUUUGGAAAGGAUGUUGUCUACGACUGCCCCAACGCAAAGCUUAUGGAACAGAAAAAGUUUGUCAAGUUCGGCCUGACGUCGGAAGCGCUCCGCUCCUAUGUUCGCCUGAUCACCGCAGAAGUCGACGAAUUUGUCAAAAGCGCGCCUACUUUCCAGAAUAACAAAGGAAGCUUCGAUGUGGGCAGUACCAUCGCCGAGAUCACGAUCUACACUGCGUCCCAUUCGCUCCAGGGCAAGGAAGUCCGCGACAAGUUUGAUUCCACCUUCGCUGAACUGUACCAUGACCUUGAUAUGGGCUUCGCGCCGAUCAACUUUAUGCUGCCUUGGGCCCCUCUGCCUCAUAACCGCAAGCGCGAUGCGGCUCACAAAAAGAUGACCGAAACCUACAUGGACAUCGUCAAGAAGCGUCGUGAGGCAGGCAACAAGAAGGACUCUGAGGAUAUGGUCUGGAAUCUCAUGUCAUCCGUGUACAAGAACGGCACUCCGGUUCCUGAUGAGGAAAUUGCCCACAUCAUGAUCGCACUGUUGAUGGCUGGUCAGCAUUCUUCUGCGUCUACUGCCGCGUGGAUUGUUCUCCGUCUUGCCUCCCAGCCAAAGAUCAUGGAGGAGCUGUAUGAAGAACAGCUUCAAGUACUUGGAUCCGAUCUGCCGCCGCUUACGUAUGAGAGCCUUCAAAAGCUUGACCUCCAUUCCAAAGUUAUCAAGGAAACUCUCCGUCUGCAUGCACCUAUUCAUUCGAUUAUUCGGGCUGUCAAAAACCCUAUGCCAGUUGAGGGCACCCGAUAUGUCAUCCCAACUUCUCACAACGUCCUCUCUUCCCCCGGAGUUACCGCCAGGUCCGCUGAUUAUUUUGUCAACCCCUUGGAAUGGGACCCUCACCGUUGGGAUGAAGAGGUUGUCCCCAGCAAUGAAGAUGAGGAGCAGAUCGACUACGGAUAUGGUUUGGUGACCAAAGGCACCAACAGCCCGUAUCUUCCAUUCGGAGCUGGACGCCACAGGUGUAUUGGUGAGCAAUUUGCUUACGUCCAGCUUGGUACUGUUCUUGCUGCGCUUGUGAGAUUGUUCAAGUUUCGCAACCCAAGCGGUGUGACAGACAUCCCUGACACCGACUAUUCAUCUUUGUUCUCGAAGCCCCGUGGCCAUUCCACUGUCCUGUAUGAGAAGCGCCAGUCCGAAAAAUCAUAA